UUUAAAAGUAUCACGCAAUCUCAUAGAAUGUAGUGCAGACUUGCGCAGUGAAUAUUUCACCCACCAGUUGAACCCCAACCCUUGUAUCGAGACGAAACGGUGAAAAUGUUAUAAUCGUAAAACUCGCAAGCAAAGCUACGGGCGCGAGCGAUACAAACAAACAAACAAACAACAAAAAUGUCGUGAUAGUGCUUGAAAAAUGAGUUCGAAGCUUCCGAGAAGUCCCAGGACACGCAGGGAGAAGCAGCAGGACUACGUAAGGCAGGAGACGGUGGCCCAGGUGCACAAGUCCACAAAGUCCAACACCAGCUCCGAGUACGACUACGCGAAUUCCGAGGACAAUGGGGAGUUCAAGCACGAAGAAAACGAGAACAUCGAGUUGCACACGCCAAGCGUCAUUUCCGUGGACGGAGAGAGCCAAAUCAACUCGAAAAUACUGUCCCUAAUAGAGAGCGAGAUAAAGAGGGACAACAACUCCACGAAAAAAUCGCAUUUCACCGACUCCAGGCCCCAAAGUUUGUCGUUUUACGAGGACGAAAAAAUUCCUGAGGAGUUAUCCGGAAACCUGGAGCUGCUCAGCCCAGAAGAACGCAAGCACUUCAAGAAACGGAAAGAGUACAUGCAACUGGACGACGAACGCAACCUCUACAACUCCAUAACGGACAUGUACAACGCGCGGGAGACCGAAGAGGUGGCGAAGAAGCACAAAUACCGGAAGAAACGCCACCCGGAAACGGAAAUGGGCAUGGGAAACAGCACGGAAAUGAUGAUACCCAAAGAGCGGCCGAAGAGGAAGAAGAAGCGAAGAGAGACUUCUCCGGCGAACGGGAAAAGGAAGCACAAGAAACGGGAUGACGAUUACGACUUGAGGAACGAUGUAACGAUUGCUUUGGAGGAUUUGCAGGAUGACGUCUUCGAUAGCAAUCUGGACGAACUUCAUGUGAAGCCGGAAAAAGUCAGGAAAAGUCCGAGGAAGUCGGACAAAUUGUACAUACAAAGGAAGAAUAAGUUUGAAUACAUCUCCAGAAGCCCCAAUGGUAACCUAAUCAACAAUAAAGACUGCGAGGAAGGUUCUAAUCAAAAAGAAUUAUUGACAUAUCACCCCCUGGAAAUAGCCAUUGCAUUUCAGUCGUGGUGGAUUAGAUUAUCGAAUAUCUGCCACGGGCUGCUUGGUGGUUUGGCGCUAAGCCACUGGCUCUAUCUCAUAUGCAACCUCAACGCCGAAGACAAUGUGUUUCUGAUGCAUUACGCUCUUUACAGCGACAUCUUCGCGGCCCUUUUUUAUGGCCUGUGCGUGGUCUGCAUCAUAUCAGUUUUGGAUAGGAUUGAUAUUGAAGAAAUGGAUUCUUCCAAUAUUGGACUUUUAAAGAAUAAGAAUGCUGUGGUAUUUAUUAUUUAUGUUGUUUGUUUGAUUCUUCACUUAUCUGCAUCCACAUUGGAUGACAAAAUAGGAUACUUAGCCCUUAAUGAAACAUCUGCAAAUAUUACGUUAAGUGAAAUUCGUACUUGGAACCAUCUGUCCUUGUGGCGUGCGAUUUUCGCAUUCGUUGCAUGGGUAUUUCUUGGUAUGGUGCCUUCCGAUGACAUGCUUUACACGAAUCUCAGAAGCAUGGAAAAAUAUAUUCCAGAUUAAAAUUUAAAAAACAUUAAAACCCUGAAGUAUAUUUUUGAAGAACACCCUAAUAAUAAGAACAAUAAACGAGGUCUAAAAUUCUUCUUCAAAUUCACCUUUACCCUUAGGGCGCCAAUUUUUGAACACCUUGUAUAUUACAAUAAAUAAAAUAUACGAAAUCAUACAUUCAAUUGGGUCUUCAAACAUA